AUGAAUUUAAUUAAUUCCAAUGGUCAAUGUUCUACUAUAGUCCAAGCACUUCUUACUGACGAAUAUCAAUUAAAUAUGGCGUAUUCUUAUUGGCAGCAAGGAAUUCACAAUAAAACAGCUCGUUUUGAAUUAUUUUUUAGAAAAAAUCCUUUUGAGGGGGAAUUUACAAUUUUUGCUGGUUUAGAGGAUUGCCUUAAUUUUGUUAAAAAUUUUAAUUUUACAGAAUCAGAUUUGGAAUUUAUUUCACAAAAAUUGGCAUAUGCUGAUAAAAACUUUUUUGAAUAUCUUCGACAAUUUAAUUGCGAAAAUAUUAUUUUACUGGCAAUACCCGAAGGCUCUAUUGUUUUUCCUAGAAUUCCUUUAAUUAUUGUGGAAGGACCUUUGGCUGUUUGUCAAAUAAUAGAGACGACUUUGCUUAAUUUGGUUAAUUUUGCUAGUCUUGUGACUACAAAUGCUGCUAGAUUUAGACUGGCUGCAGGUGAUCAAAUUGAACUGAUGGAAUUUGGAUUGCGUCGAGCUCAGGGUCCAAAUGGAGGAUUGUCUGCAUCUAAAUAUUGUUAUAUUGGAGGUUUUGACAGUACCAGCAAUCUUUUGGCUGGCAAACUUUUUGGAAUUCCCGUAUCUGGAACAAUGGCACAUUCUUUUGUUACUGCAUUUAAAGAUGAACCUUUAAAUAAAUCAGAAUUAUUUGAUUGGGGUAUAUCAAAAGAAGGAGUGAAUAUUGGUGAAUUAAAUGCUUUUUGUGCUUAUGCUAUUGCUCAUCCAAAUUCAUUUGUAGCUCUUAUUGAUACUUAUGAUACAUUAAGAAGUGGUCUUUGUAACUUUAUUGCAGUAACAUUGGCACUUAAUGAUUUUGGCUAUAAAUCGAUUGGUUGUCGAAUAGAUAGUGGGGACUUGGCUUAUCUAUCUAAUGAAAUUAGAAAUAGAUUUAAAUUAAUUGCUUCAAGUUUUAAAAUUGACUGGAUAACUAAUUUAAAAAUUGUAGCAUCAAAUGAUAUAAAUGAAGAAACAAUCCGUUCACUUUAUAAUCAAGGACAUAAAAUUAACACUUUUGGUAUCGGCACACAUUUAGUUACUUGUCAAAAGCAGCCAGCACUUGGAUGUGUUUAUAAAUUGGUUGAUUUAGAUGGAGAACCGAAAAUUAAAAUAAGUGAAAAUAUUUCAAAGAUGACAAUACCGGGACGUAAAAGUGUAUUUCGUUUGUAUGGAAAGGCUGGGUUUCCAUUGGUUGAUUUAAUGAUGUUAGAGAAUGAUGAAGAACCUAAAGUUGGUCAAGAAAAACUUUGUAUAAAUCCAUCCGAGCCCAGUAAACGUGCAUAUAUUAUUCCACAAAGAGUUGAAAGACUUCAUAAAAUUUAUUGGAAAAACAAUUCUGUUCAACAAGUUUUACCAAACAUAAAAGAAAUACGUGAAUAUACUCACCAAUCAUUAGCUAAUUCACGUCCAGAUCAUCUUAGACCAUUAAAUCCAACACCUUAUAAAGUUUCAGUAUCUAAAGAAUUAUUUGAUUUUAUUAACAAUAUUUGGCUUAAAUUGGCUCCUGUUGGUCUAUUACAGUAA